ACUGCGUCCACAUCCAUAGAUCCUGGGGAACCACUGGAUCCAUCUGGAAUUCCCACCGGGAUCCACUCGCCACGACUGGGAUCUACCCUUCCCAACCCUUCUCCUCUGUGGAUUUUCUGACCCUGGACAACAAAAGCUUCCUCGUUUUUAAAAGGAGACUCUACCUCCCCUCCUACUCCUCCUUUUUUUUUUUUUUUUUUUUUUUUAAAACAGCCCCAGUCCUGCUUCCCUCCCUUCCCCCUUCUCCUCCCUCCCUGCUUCCUUCCCAAGAAGUGAUCCUGGAAGCCAAGGGAUUGCACAUGUCUCCGGCUUUUCCUAGCCGCUUGAGUUGCAAACCCGAGGACCUACAAUGUUCUAACCUGGAGUCUGGGGGUUUGUCUGUCUUGUGGCUGUGGCCAGUGAACAAACCUUUUUGGGAUCUGUUCUAAGUUUUUUGGUGAUAAUACAAAAAGGAGUCUCCUAGAAGAAAUAUCAAUGGUCUAGAACUGAGGAAGACUUUGAAAUUUUUCCAAAUUUUUGUUCAGAAUUCCACCAUAAGAUGCACGAAGGAUCGUAGGAUUGAUACAACCCAAGCCCGUCUUUCCUGUGAGCCUACCCCGGUCGCCCUUAUUUUUCUUAUGAGACGGAUCGAGACCGCCAAUCAAAAUAGAGUCCCUCAAGGUGAAGGUCGAUUUUCUGACCGCGCCUUUUGGCCUGAAAAAGCCUGUGCUGAAAGAGGCGGCAGCGGUGCUGGCUGCUGUUCCAGGUUCAGGGAAACCGAAAUCCGUAAACGUGGAUCGCCACAAAGGUCGUUACUCUGAAAACAUGGACAACGAGUCCCAAUAUUCUGGGUACUCAUAUAAAUCCGGGCAGUCGCGGAGUUCACGUAAACACAGAGACCGAAGGGAAAGACAUCGGUCUAAAAGCCGUGACGGCAGCAGCCGAGGAGACAAGUCUGUCGUAAUACAAGUCCCCGGAGAACCUUUAUUAGACAAUGAGUCCACAAGAGGAGAAGAGAGGGAUGACAAUUGGGGUGAAACCACGACAGUUGUCACCGGCACUUCAGAGCACAGCAUAUCCCAUGAUGACCUCACACGUAUCACUAAGGACAUGGAGGAAAGUGCCAACCUGGACUGCUCUCGGCACAUUGGCGUCAUCAUUGGUGGAGCUUUAGCACUCAUCUCCUUCCUGACCCCUAUAGCCUUUAUGCUGUUGCCCAAAAUUUUACCGUGGGAUCUGGAAGCCUGUGGUACGCCUUGUGAGGGUCUAUUUAUCUCUGUGGCCUUCAAACUCCUCAUCCUCCUCGUUGGCAGCUGGGCACUUUUCUUCCGCCGCCCGAAAGCUUUCUUCCCCCGGGUUUUCGUCUUCCGGGCUCUGAUCAUGGUCCUCAUAUUCUUGCUGGUGGUGUCCUACUGGCUUUUUUAUGCAGUCCGUAUCUUGACUACGGCGGAGAGGAAUUACCAGGGGAUCGUACAGUAUGCUGUAUCACUCGUGGACGCUCUUCUUUUUGUUCACUACUUGGCUGUUGUCCUGCUGGAACUGAGACAACUCCAACCUCAGUUCACCAUCAAGGUUGUCAGGUCCACCGAUGGAGCAAGCAGACAUUACAAUGUUGGUCACUUAAGUAUCCAACGAGUUGCUGUAUGGAUUUUGGAAAACUAUUAUCACGACUUCCCUGUCUACAACCCUGCUCUCCUGAACCUGCCAAAAUCCAUCCUGUCCAAGAAAAUGUCUGGCUUCAAGGUCUACUCCCUCGAGGAAAAUUCUACUAACAACUCAACAGGACAGUCCCGGGCGGUGAUAGCCGCGGCCGCAAGGAGGAGAGACAACAGCCACAAUGAGUAUUAUUAUGAGGAGGCCGAACAUGAGCGGCGGGUGCGGAAAAGGAAAGCAAGGUUGGUUGUUGCCGUAGAAGAAGCUUUCACUCACAUCAAGAGGUUGCAGGAAGAGGACCAGAAAAACCCGCGUGAGAUCAUGGACCCCAGGGAGGCUGCUCAGGCUAUCUUUGCCUCAAUGGCCAGAGCCAUGCAAAAGUAUCUCCGGACGACGAAACAGCAGCCGUACCACUCCAUGGAGAGCAUCCUGCAACACCUUGAGUUCUGCAUCACCCACGACAUGACUCCAAAGGCUUUUCUCGAGAGGUACUUGGGUCCAGGACCAACUAUCCAGUAUCACAAAGAACGCUGGCUGGCUAAACAGUGGACUUUGGUCAGCGAGGAGCCAGUAACCAAUGGAUUGAAAGAUGGUGUUGUGUUUGUUCUAAAGCGUCAAGAUUUCAGCUUGGUGGUCAGCACCAAAAAGAUCCCCUUCUUUAAGCUCUCGGAGGAAUUUGUAGACCCCAAAUCACAUAAAUUUGUAAUGAGGCUUCAGUCGGAGACCUCCGUUUGAAAUCUAAGGACCUUUAUGGGAAGGGAAUACAAAGGAAAGAUGGCCGCAACUUUUGUACAUCUCAGGUCCUCUUUCUUCCUUGGUGGCUUUCUACGAACCCUGACGUUGACUUUUUAUAGAAACCUCAACAUGCCUUCCCUGGGUGAACACCAAACAGGAACUACUGGUAACUCCAAUACUGUUAUUGCCCAUCAGAAUGUCAUUACUUCCAUUUUAUGAAGGGAUUUCGACCCCAUUCUUCCAGCUACCAGGGUGCUCAGUGACUCUCUCCAUAGAGCCGGUGCUUCUGUCUGGUCCAUAAGCGUUAUUUUUUUCUUCUGUUCAUCUUGGCAAUAAUUGAGAUCUACCACUGUUUAUAUCAGCAGCGUCUUCAAGAAUAAGACAACCUAAACCGGAGUUUCUUCAGGACCUCUUUAGAACCAUCUCCGCCAGUUAAGGCCAUAAACAGAUGUUUGGUGCCAAACACAAAAGGGCUAUCAGUUGAUGCUUUUGGUUUUGUUUUUUACCGCUGAAUUACCUGGUGCUCUCCUCGCAAGGUCCACCUUCAACUUUUUGAAGUAUUAAGUGCUCUACAAGAUACUCUUAACUUGAACAAUGUGGUUUAUUCCAGAUAAUUCCUCCAUAACCCUAAAGACCGAUGUGAUGUGACGGUUGGCAAAAAUGUUUUUCUUGUUGACAGAAAUGUUUUUAUAAGUCCAGGCAGGUUUGCUGAAAAAAAACCACUAAACUGUGGCACUGUGUUUUUUUUGUUUUUCAAAAAGAAUAUUUCUAAUUUGUACAAAAUAGGAACUUCAAAUCUGUAAAUGUAUUCGGACAUAUCUAGACAGGAUAUCAAUUUUUUUUUUUUUUUUUUUUUUAAAUUGCAGAAAUGUAUUGCUAUUGUGGUUUGAGGUGUAAAUUCAUCUUCACAUGCGUCAUACUCUUCUCCCGGCAUUUUUUUUUUUUUUUUUGAAUUUUCUUCACUAGUUUUUCUAUUUGAAGGGUGCCAACCAGGAAUAUACAACCUUUUACAUUCCAAUAAUGUCUCUGGAAUAACUCGAUAACACUAUAUAAGUGCACUAACAGCCUUGUCAUCUCUUGUUUACAGUCUAUUGACCCCUCGGAUUGGCUCGCCUAUUUAUAUUGACGUUGCUACAUGAGGUUCUGUUGCCUUCUUGUUCAAGUUGUGGAUUUUUUUUUUCAAAAACUUUUUUUUUUAUAUUUUUUUUUUAAUUUUAAAUUUUUUCUAUUUUUUUUACAUUUAAAUUUUUUUUUUCUUUGCUUCUGUUAUCUUCAUAAGACCCUCUUUCUACAAGAAGAGAGGAAGUAGAUGUGGUACAUAAACAUUUUACAUCCUCCCCCCCCAUUGUGAUGUCUCACUUCAAAUAUGAAAAGGACUUUAACAUUUCUAGCUUCUCACUACUGAAGGACGUAAAAAAUAUAAAAAAAAUAAUAAUAAAGUUGUUUUUACACUACCUAACUUAUUUGUUGACAAAUGAGUAUAUCGAUGUGUUGAAGGGAUGUUUUGCUAUGGUUCUACUGGGUGGAGCUCAUGGUGGCCCAUAUAGAAGAUGAAAAAACUUAUUUGAAAUGUUAACUUCCCGACCGAUUCCAAACACGAGUCAAAAAAAUGGAGAUUCAUGGUGAAAUAUAUCAUUUACUCUGAAUGUGUUAAUGUUCAUGGGUUGACAAAAAAAAUUUCUUCAUGCUUAUUUAUGUGAUUUUUUUUUACAUUUUACAGUCUUCUGCAGAGAAAUUUAGUCCA